AUGUUUCAACGCAAAACUAUAAAUAGCCUUGCCGAUGGCCGGAAAUCACCACUUUGGCAUGGAAUAGUAAGACAUGCGUGUCUGGAAGAACCAUCUAUCUUUCAUUGCGCCAUAGCCAUCGCUGCUCUGGAUAAAGCAUGCAAAUCUAGGUCAUUGAAUACCUCCUCGGGCUUUGACUUUCAUCAUCGUCAUGCACUUCAGCAAUACGGAAAGGCGCUGAAAGAAUUACAGAAAGUAAUCGCUCGAGGCGACUCUUGUAUUCGCACUACCCUCAUUUCCUCUUUACUCAUCUUUUGUUUUCAAAAUUUUCAUGGGGAUGUUCGACUUGCCAUAAACAAUGUCAGGACGACGAUAGAUCUCAUGUACGAUUGGAUCCCCAGCCAUACGAAUACUACUGCCCAUAUUAAUUUUAGUCCCGCACCACAUAUCCUCGAACAUGAAGUGGUUGAAGCAUUUUCUCGUCUUGAUGCACAUCUCUUAAAUUGGAUUGGUGUUUUCCGAUCUUCAUGCAAUGUCAUUCCUCUCGCUUCCCCAGUUUCCGGCCCAAUUGCGCCCUCACUGACAAGCAUUUCCCAAUACGCCAUUUCAGAAGCCUCCGAGCCUCCUUUUGCAAAAGAACUGAGAUCCUGGACAUCCGCACUUCAACCAAUUUUUGACAUCUGUCAAUCUCGAAUUGACAGAGACCCAAAGGAUCAUAGCGAAUUUAUCCCUGCCAGAAUCUUGCGCUGUCAAUGUUUAGCACUAAAGAUUGUCUUCUGGUCAUCAUAUUAUUCUCGUCUGAACAUCGAUUCAUGCAGCUCAUCUUUUAACUCCCCAUUUCCAAAAGCUAUACAAUCAUCUUCUCAAUUUGCAAAUAAAGAUGAUGAUAAAGAAGUGCACAAACUUUUAAUUCCAGUGUAUUCCGAGAUUAUAACCACUUUCAGAGCCAUAGUCAAUCAUCCAGCAUUUGUCAAAUCGUUUAUUUUCGGAUGUGGCAUUCUACCUCAACUUCUCGUCGUGACAUGUAAAUGUCCAGAUGAAAUGAUAAGACGAGAAGCAAUACAGAUAUUGAAGGAUGCUGAAGGAAGAAGAGAAGGGAUUUGGGAUGCGAAGACUGUGGGACUUCUUGGCGCAGAUAUAUUGAGAUGUGAAGAUUUUGAUGAGCAUGUGAGGAGCCUUCAGAAUCAGGAUUAUGUUUCUUCUACUGGAAACCAUUUAAGCAAGGAGAAUUUUAUCGGGAACAAUGCAUCAGCUUGGGAUGAUUGUAAAUACACACGUCAAGGGAUUCGAUUGCAGAAACACACAAAGUGGGUUGAAGUCCACUUUGCAUAUCUGGGGAUGAAGAUGAAGUUACCGGUCCUGAGGCGGGAAGAAGAGACGAAUAACAAGGAAGGAGUGGGGUAUUCUUCGGAGAGAUAUAACGAUGAGGUCGAGAGAAUGCAUCUGCUGGAUUGGGUGGAACAAUUUCUUGGUCCGCGUGGUGAUGGUUUGGUCUCGGGAUUUGUUGGUCUAUGA